AUGUUACUCAACAACUUUCGGUGUCGGACAGCAGCAUUUAGUUUGUGCGAGGUCGCAAAGCACCUACCGGUUUGCCGCAAUAGUUUUGCUAAUCGAAAACCCCACGAGCACCACCGGCAAUAUUUUCUGCAUUUAGCCAAAGCAUUUUCAAGCCUUAACGGAAACAUGGUUAAACAAGGCCCACGUCCCCUCGUCAUCUGUGGCCCUUCGGGCUCGGGUAAGAGUACUCUGCUGAAGAAGCUGUUCAAAGAGUUUCCAGAUACGUUCGGGUUCAGUGUUUCCCAUACGACACGCAAACCCCGCCCUGGGGAGGAAAACGGCAUUCACUACCAUUUCGUUUCGGUAGAAGAGAUGCAGGGUGCGAUUGAGAAUGGUGAAUUUAUUGAAACGGCAGUAUUCAGUGGAAAUAUGUAUGGAACUAGCAAAAAAGCAGUGGAAAAUGUUCAACACCAAGGAAAGGUAUGCGUACUGGACAUCGAAAUCGAGGGAGUGAAACAAAUCCGCAACUCGGACCGAUUAAAUCCUCUGCUUGUGUUCGUGAAUCCCCCGUCGAUCGAGGAGCUGGAACGUAGACUGCGUGGACGUCAAACGGAAACGGAAGAAAGUCUGCAGAAACGCUUGAACACGGCACGCAAUGAGAUCGAAUACGGCACGACACCGGGAAACUUUGACGUGAUUGUGCAGAACAACAACCUGAAGCAGGCGUAUGAAGAGCUUCGAAACUUUAUCGUCCGUGAGCUCGAAACGCAGCAAGGCCAAGAUGUAUUUUUUGUCACGUCACUGGUUAGCAAUUACAAAUCGUUCGAGGUGUAACGCGGAGUGUGUCCGGCUGAGAUGGCGAUCCGCCUUCAUGCUCGUUCGUGGGGUCCUGUUUACACCAGAAAUAAUGCACCACCGAACAUCAUCACCGCGUGCGAGAAAAUUGCCACUUCCUGCUCCUCACCCCCGCACGGUGUACCUGGACCGGGGGCACUGGCCACGCACAUAGGAGCAUAGACAAUGAAUGAUUCCGUUUCCACAGCCGCAUUGCAUUGCAGCAUUGUGCAAUUCCGUCUAAACUGCUUGCGCUGCUUUUUGGGCCACGACGUGUUUGUGCGUAGGAAAAUCAAAUACACUAGCCAGCCAACGGUUUGCUAAAGGCGUUCGCCCACCACCCACCCGCUCGCUACCUGCCCCAACCCGUAGGUCCGCCAAACAGCCUUUAACAAAGGGCUUGACUGUUGAUACCAACGCAAUGCGCAAUGCUUUUUAUAGUUUUAGUACGAUAUUCGUGAGCUAUUUUAUUAUUUUUGUUUUUUUUAUAAGAAGACCAUUUUCAGUUUUGUACUAGACAAAUCUUUACCUUCUAUACAUAGUUUACGUACACAGUGUAUUUUGUGUGUGUAGUACAAUUGGAUCAUCGAACUGUGGGAACAGUUCACACAAUUUAAUUGCCAAAAAUGAAUUAAAAAAAUAAAUAAAUGGAAGCAACAGAACCAGAAGAAUUUCUAGCAAACGUGUUCCACAUGGGUGGAAUUAGAAAAUGUACUCUGAGAGAUUUAAAAUGUUUACGGCAUUGUUAGCAAUCUAAACGUAUUUAAACAAGAAGAAUCAAAAAAUAAACUGUAGUACUUUAAU